GGUAUCAGUCGUCAACGGUGUUAACUUCAGUUCCUUUGCAAAAAUGAACACGAUCGCGAUCGCUCUUCUCGCCCUGGUGGCAACGGCUUCGGCUCUGCCCGUUCAUCCGGAAGCGGGUCACGAAAAAGAGGUCCCCAUAGUGUCGCAGUACAACGAACACGAACCUACCGGUAACUACCGUUCCGGUUUCGAAGCCGCGAACGGUAUCAGCUACCAAGAAGAAGGAGUCCAAACCAACGUCGGCCAGGAAGACCAAGCCCAAGUUGUCCACGGUCAGGCCAGAUGGGUAUCUCCCGAAGGCAUCCCCGUUGAACUCAGCUGGGAAGCUGGUCCAGAGGGCGUACGAUUCUCCGGCACACACAUCCCCGUGGGACCUCCACCAUCCGAGGAAAUCCUGCGAAGCAUCGCUUACAACGCGGCUCAUACCUACGUGGAACCCGCGCAACCCGGACAAGUCGUACCAAAGAAAGCGCUCUAAGGAACUUGACGUGAUCAUCGGGAUUACCGUUUCACAACCACCACUACACUACGAUGGGUAAAUCUUCUACCCGUCUCAGACACCACACGUACACGUACACAAGCAUAUCGUAUAUGUUUUUUUUUUAUACCUGUGAAUAAAUCUAUUGUAACAUAGUAA